UGUUUUCCACCAUGUACCUAUGUAUCAUUUCAUCUUAGCUCCAGUAACUAGAGUAUCGUAUGAGAUAGGAAGUGAAUAUUAAGAGACUUUUGCAACUGUCCAUACUUGAAUGCAAGCCGGAUCUACUCCAGUCAUUGUACCGUUACUAGAAACUCCAUACAUAGCCUUUAAAAUCAGCUGACUUCCCAAGUUCAAAAUGGCGACCAAUCCGUUCAUGGAAUCGGACACGGAAGACCAAGAUUUACCGGGUCCUUUCGACGACACAUCGGACAGUAUAGACGACAAAAAUUCAGAGACGAUAGACGAGAGUCCAAAGGAGAUAACGCUCGACCUCGUGGCUCAUAAACUGCUAAAGGAGAAGUUUAUUUUGACGGCGCUAGAGCUUCACACGGAGCUGCUGGAAAGUGGUUGCGAACUGCCGCGACUGAGAGAUUUCUUCUCCAACCCAGGAAACUUCGAGACGCAGACGGUCCACACACAGCCAUCCUCCAACCUACACCGCACAUCCAGUGAACAAACAUUUGACUCUUUGGACUUUGCACGUUACUCAGAUGAUGGAGCCAAUCAGACAGAUGAGAGAGUGGCAGUGUUGGAGUUUGAGCUACGAAAGGCCAAGGAGACAAUCAAGGGACUACGGGCCAACCUGACAGAGGCAGCAGAAACAGACAUCCCAUCCCCCAUGGCCACUGAUGGGCAGAAGACAGAGACUCAGCAGGCAUCUUCUAAGGAGGAGCCAGUGAAGCCACAUGAGAAGCGAGCGCUGAAUUUCCUGGUGAAUGAGUACCUCCUGAAGCAGGACUUCAAGCUCACCUCCAUAACCUUCUCUGAUGAGUGUGAGGACCAGGACUUUGAAGACUGGGACGACGUAGGGCUCAACAUGCCGCAGCCACCAGAUGUCCUGCAUUUGUACCGGGACUACGGGAGCCACGUGGCGCCGACGCUGGACGUACGGGACUUCGGGUGUGGGGAGGACGUUGUGGAGGUGGAAGAGCCGGAGGAUGACCAGGAUCUGGAGAAAAUCCAGGAACUAGAAGAGGAAAAGGAAAGACUGGAUGCUGAGAUUAUAGCAUUAGGGGAUCAAAUAGCAUCACUUAAGGAGGAAAACGAUUCACUUUUAGGACAUGUUGCAACAUUAGAACGAGAUAUAGAAGCUUUGCAGACUCCAAAAUUCUCCACACCAGUGUCAACACCGAACAAGCAACUUCAAAGACCAGCAGCAGCUUUCGACUUGGACCCAAAUGUAGAUAUUAGGACUCCUCCCAUUGGCCAGUCUAGCACAAAUGAAGACAAUCAAGGAUCUAGAUUAACCAAUGGUAGAUCAGAAGACAGAACUGAAGCAGAUCAGGCUGGUCCUGAUGAGUUGGAGGAGUCGUUACAGGUCACUGUGGGGUCAGAGGGCGUGAGAGACAUAACCCUGGAUGUUACAGCAUCGGAGGGGGAGAGCAUGUUACAGGGAGAACUCAAGAAAUGGGACAUCCCCAAUAGAAAAAUGUCAGAAGCAUUCCGUAGGACGUUGAUAAGUAUGACACAAACUGUAGUGGACAACAGGUUAGGUAGUGAGGUGUCUAAGAUAGCAGGUUCAGGUGAAGGUGUGGUGAUGAUGCUGGCCAGGUGUCUCCCACACAUCGUACCCAAUGUGUUACUUGCCAAGAGAGAGGAACUGAUCCCACUGAUCCUGUGUACAGUAGCACUUCACCCUGAUGCAAAGGAGAGAGACAAACUCCUGCACAUCCUCUUCAACCUCAUCAAGAGACCUGAUGAGGAGCAGAGGCAGAUGAUCCUGAAUGGAUGUGUGACGUUUGCUGAGCAUGUGGGUCAGGAGCGGGUGGAGACAGAACUGCUGCCACAGUGUUGGGAACAGAUCAAUCAUAAAUAUGAAGAGAGAAGACUACUAGUGGCUGAGGCCUGUGGAACUUUGGCUCCAUUCUUACCGAGUGAGAUCCGCAGCUCCCUGGUGCUGUCCAUGCUGCAGCAGAUGCUGUCAGACGACAAGUCUGAUCUGGUGCGAGAGUCGGUGGCAAAGAGCCUGGGGCUCAUCACUGCCUAUAUAGAUGAUGUAGACAAGUACUCACAGGGUUCAGAACUGCUGCACCUGGCGAUGUGUGAUGCCUCGGAGAGAGUGGUGGGUGCAGCUCAGCAGGUGUUCCUGCCUGCCCUGGCCGCCUGGGCUGAUGAGCUGGACAGGCUACACACUGACCUCAUACAUGGCAUGAUGACCAGGCUGGAACAUCUAGUCAAGGCUGCAGUAAGAGUAAAGCCCAUGAACCAGUUGUUAGCUGGUUCUGCUGCAUCUGUGAACCAAACCGGUGGUGAGACAACAAUAGGGCUGGAUGAGACCAGGUUUAACCUGUAUGUGUCCACCCUGGAUGCCAUGGUCCCCGCCCUGUUUGCUGCCGUGCUGCAGUCUGCACCUUUCGCACAGGAGGAAAACCUGACGUGUAGAGAUGUCGAGGUGUCCAGGUUCCCUAUGGGCUCCUCCCCACUCCAUGACAUCGCGACCAUCAUCGGCGACCACACCCAGCUGGCAGCUCUUGUUACUGCGUACGAUGACAUGGUGGAGCAGGAGGACUUCCCUGCAUGGGAAACACUACAGUGGGUGUCUGAGGAAUUUGUGCCCAGACUAGUACAGCUGACAGGCAGCCUGGACGUGACCCUGACCUCCUGUAUCCACAACCUGGCCAGGCUAUUCCACAAAAUCUGCAGAACAUUCGGAAGAAUAUUCACUGAGAAAAAGUUGAAGCCACAAUUCCAGACAAUUUUAAAGAUUCCAGAGGAACAAAUAGAUCGAGAGAUCCUGUCAGGCCGAACGGCGCUCACACGUGCCACAGUACCAUUGUACGCAGCCGGGGUGCUGGCAGUCUUCCAUCAGGAGUCAGACAGAAAACAACUGAUCAAGUUCAUGCAAGACAUCCUGACAACCCUGUCCCUCUCCCAUGCACCCCUGGACAGCAUUCAAGCAGCAUUCCUGGAACUAGGUCACACAGGCAGUCUUUCCCUCAGGUCGGACGCCGUGUACCACGAGUCCCUGCUGACCGUACUGUGGGACGGCGUCGUCCACACCUCCGCUUUAGUACGGGCAUCGGCGGCCAGAAUGUUUGAGAUGCUGAUUAAGGGUGUACAGGAGACCCUGGUGUCCAUGCGAGUGGUGCCUGCUCUUAUCACUCUGUCUACAGACCCAGAAAUGUCUGUCCGUAUAGCGACCAUCCCAGCCUUCGGCACCAUCAUGGAGAGUAUCACCCAGAAGGAGACUCUGGACCGUGUGCACAUGCAGUUCCAGCAGUUCCUGGAUGACCCACAGUACCGUGAGCAGCACACGCUUCACGUGGAGAUCAUCAGGACCUUCGCACGCAUCGGCCCCAACGCUGAACCAAAGUUUCGGGAUGAAUUUGUGUUACCACGUCUGGCCAUCAUGGCUGGGAACAACAACCUGAUGAUUAACGAGACCAAGAGAACAGACAUCGCCAUGCAGCUGUUCGAGGCCUUCACGGCCAUGUCAUGUUGCUUUAUCUCUGAUGACCUGAUUAACCAGUGCAUGUUGCCCGGCCUGAGGUGUCUGAGACAGGACAUGGAGCACAUCGCUCCCCAGCACCAAGUAGGACACUUCUUCUGUGUGGGCAGGGAGGUGGUUGCAUCAAUGAUUAAGGAGUAUGAGAUGAAGGUAGACAGCAGGGUUCCCUACGACAGCAGCGUCCCGGUGGGCGCCAGUCUCGGAAACCUGGCGGCCGCCAUGUCCAGCGAAGACGCCAAGACAAAACUGCUCAGCAAGCUGGGACAACUUAAGGACAAGUCGUCAGUACAGGGUACCAAGAUAGCCAGCAUGUUCCACAGGAAGAAGUGAGAUGGAAUUUUCUUCUUCAGUUUCAUACAGCUUUCAAGGCUUCAAAUGCACAAUAGUUAUUACUUUGACCAUUUAGUACUUAAUCUACGAUUGUAGUUUAAAUGUCAGACAUACUCACCAAGAACACGUAGCAAUUUUGAAGUUGCCUUCAAAGAGCUUACAAGUUAUCACAUACAUAAUGUAACUAUGCCUUUUGUAAACUAAAGUUGACACUCCCACCCCACCUAUACUGGUAAUGCAAAUAAAAACAACUAACAUUCCUUGAAUGAUACUGUAUAGAGUUCUUAAUUAUGUGAAUCUAGUUAUGCAUAACACUGUCAUGUUUCAGAAUUGCUUUGCUUUGAGAUUACUUUUGUCUUGUAUAGGAGGCAGUUAAAACAUUAUCUAGAUGUUGUCAAAUGUAAACAAUGGUCAUGAAUUGUGUCAGAGAUGGUCUUACUGAGAUAUAUACAAAACAUGUUGAUUAAUGAAAUGCACUCUAAUACUGUAAUAUACUGCAAGCCUGUAGAGUUAGCCAGAACUGAUGUCCUAACUUCUUACUGUGUACAUUGUUAGCAUGUAAGUAGAGAUUACAGAGAAACAUUCAUAGAGUAGUGAUGGUAUACCACCUCUUGUGAUUAUUUUAGGUGCUAGUCAGUGUUUAGAGAGCUUUUUGAGCAGAACAGUUGUGAUGCCAUUCCAAUGUUUGUAUCACAAAGGAAAAAUAUCAGGGAAAAUUAAUGUGUCCAAGAAGUAGGGCUGUCUAUGUAGAACACAUAUAAGACAACACAGCAAGAUACUCACAAUCUAAUGUCAUAGUAUAGAACGUCUCACAUAGUCCAGUCUGUUGUAUCGCAAGGUUUUGUAUUAUGUUGGAUAGAUAUUUAACUAAAGGGCAUGUUCUUCUUACUCGAAUGAAAAAAAAUUGUAAUUGUUAUAUUCUUCUUGUUGUUGCUUUUGUCAUCAUAUUUUUUUCCAUUUGUAAAUGAUAUUGGUGAGCCUCCUUGAAACAUUUUGUUUGAAACCUAUGUUCAGAAAGUCAAAACAACAACAACAAGUGCAAUGCAAGCAAUAAAAACACAGCAUUGUGAUAUCUAUCCCUCAAUUUGUACAUUAAAUAAUGUAAUGCAAUGUAGUUGAGAAUAUUGAGGAAAGAUACUCUUAAGAAGUUAAGUAUAGGUUAGCUAAAUAUCAAUUCUUUGUAUGUCUUCACCAGGAAAAAAGUCAGCCAUAUGUAUAUAAAUGUGUUGUAUUGUGAAUGAUAUGUAUUCAGCCUGGAAAAAAAUAGUUAUGAUCCAAAAACAUAUCCACAAACAGUCAAAACCAGCAUGUUUAAGUUACCUCUAUUGUUUGUAUAGUACUCUGCAAACAAACGAGGUAACUAUUGGUUUGCGUUAAGUGAAUGUUGACAGUGAUUUAUAUUUUCAAAAGUUAUUACAUGUAUUCAUGCAAUAGUGUUCCUUCUCUGCAGUUUAUCUACUCUUUUAGUUUAAAAAUGAUUCUGUAGUCAUUGAUCCCACAAAACUAACAGAAGUCAAAGGUCAUUGAUGGUUUUAUAUGUUUGUACAUAUAUGAGUAAGUCUCUUUAUUUUGUGUACAACAAUA